GCGCUCCCUGUUCCCGCCUCUCCAGUUAAGGCCGCUGGUGUGAGCCGGGGCUCGGCGCGAGCCAGGGACGACGGAAGGGACGGGCAGGUGUGGGCGCGGGGCCGCUCAGCCCGACGGCGGGAGUCGCAGCCACUCGGUGCAUGGGCCAGUGAGGACGCGCGGAGAUCCCCGCGCCGCGGCGAAGGCGGAGCAGCGCGGGAGCAAGGCGCUGCCCGGCGACCCUGCGUCCGAGCGAGCGGAACCUUGCGCUUCGCCCGGGGACGGUCCGAAGUCCGCGCUAUGGAAGAGGAGAAAUAUUUGCCUGAGCUGAUGGCAGAGAAAGAUAGCCUGGAUCCAUCUUUUGUGCAUGCAUCGCGCCUUUUGGCGGAAGAAAUUGAAAAAUUUCAAGGUUCUGAUGGAAAAAAAGAAGAUGAAGAAAAGAAAUAUCUUGAUGUCAUCAGCAACAAAAACAUAAAGCUCUCAGAAAGGGUAUUGAUUCCUGUCAAGCAAUAUCCAAAGUUCAAUUUUGUGGGGAAAUUGCUUGGACCAAGAGGAAACUCCUUGAAGAGACUACAGGAAGAAACAGGUGCUAAAAUGUCUAUCCUGGGCAAAGGAUCAAUGAGAGAUAAAGCAAAGGAAGAAGAAUUAAGGAAGAGUGGGGAAGCCAAGUAUGCCCACUUGAGUGAUGAACUUCAUGUAUUAAUUGAAGUGUUUGCUCCACCUGGGGAAGCUUAUUCACGAAUGAGUCAUGCACUGGAAGAGAUUAAAAAAUUCCUGGUUCCUGACUACAAUGAUGAAAUUCGUCAGGAACAGCUACGUGAAUUAUCUUACUUAAAUGGCUCCGAGGACUCUGGUCGUGGCAGAGGUAUUAGAGGCAGAGGGAUCAGAAUAGCCCCCACAACCCCUUCAAGGGGCCGUGGGGGCGCCAUUCCUCCUCCCCCCCCACCUGGACGGGGUGUCCUCACCCCUCGAGGGACUACUGUGACUCGUGGAGCUCUUCCAGUGCCUCCUGUAGCAAGAGGUGUCCCUACUCCACGAGCCCGCGGAGCACCGGCAGUGCCGGGAUACAGGGCACCCCCUCCUCCAGCCCACGAGGCUUAUGAAGAAUAUUACUCUCUCCCUCUUUCUCUCUUUUACAGCACACUGGGAAAGGCACAUGAAGGGUAUGAUGAUGGCUACGGGGGUGAAUAUGAUGACCAGACCUAUGAGACUUAUGAUAACAGCUAUGCCACCCAAACGCAAAGUGUGCCUGAAUACUAUGACUACGGUCAUGGAGUAAGUGAGGAUGCCUAUGACAGCUACGCACCAGAAGAAUGGGCCACAACCCGCUCCAGCCUGAAGGCACCACCGCCAAGGUCAGCCAGAGGGGGAUACAGGGAGCACCCCUAUGGUAGAUAUUGAAGGUCCUUCUCACCCGUGACCUCACCUCAAAGACAAUUCAUAGCCUGUGGUCUCCACAUAAACAGCAACAAGACAAGUAAUAGUCCUUUUUUUUUUUUUUUUCCUAUUAUAGGGAUAACUGCUCAUGAUUUCUCCCAUAUAUUUCUUGUAUUUCCCCCUAUACUGUUGGCGUGACAUUGACACUAGUAUUAUUUUACAAAACGGACUAAAAAAGACAUUGGCAAGCACUGUCUAUAAACCAUUCAGUAGGAUGAUAUUCUCCUGGUUGUUUUUCAUUGUUGUGUGUAAUCUUUUUUUUUUCUUUUUUUUCUUUUCCUUUUUUUUUUUUUCCUUAAGAAAGAGCAUGAAUCUGUUAACAGAUUUUGAGUCUCAAUCAACUAGCAAAAACUUUGUUUAGGGUUGCUAAAAGACUGUAAUAUGAUUUUUGAACUAGCUGAUAAUAAAGUUGUAGAUAAGAUGUUUUAACCUGUCUUUUAAUAUCUGUUAGUUAGAUGAAGAUGUUCGAUAUUAAGUUUGUAAAUUUAAUUUUAAAUGCUGUUUUAAUGGAGUUGAAAACAAGCAGCUACUGUAUGUAUGUAGCUAACUGAAUUUGUUCAGUGUUUUAACCUGUAUUUGUUAAAAAAGAAAAAAAAAACACACAUAUAAAGUUCCAUGUGUAAGCUACUCUAAAUAGGAAACCACAAUUUGUCAAAUAUGUUUGCCAUAAUUUGUCAAUAAAGCUGAAAACUUUUGUAAAAACUAAAUUUGGAAUUACUUGUUUUCUAGCUUUAAAUGCCUGCUUUAUUUCUUCUUCAAGAGAUGCCUAAAAUGUUUUCUAUUUAAAAAUUACAAAAAUGAA